AUGCUUCCCAGGCCAAUCCAACCAUUCAGAAGGCUCUUCGUGGCGAGCAACCAGGCCACGGUCGACGGGCCGCCGUCUCAGUCGCGCGACGCGACGACAUCAUCGCGGUACUUCUCGACCGCCUCCGUACCGGCAGGCAACGUCUUGGUGCCAAACUCAUCGCCCACACAUUACGAUUCUGCUCACCGCCCCCCUUCAACGUCAUGGCAAGCCGACAGCACCGGUGACGAGAUCCCGGGCUUGCCGCAAGCAGGGCCUCAUUUUCGGUCAUUCGCACCUCGCGUCGAUCCCCUCUCGGCCCCCAGUGGAUUUGUGACAGGAAGCAACGCGUCUCACGCGUCGUUCACGCUAUCUUCCGACGAGUCGCUUCCUGAUGUUCAGGACAUCGUCGCGGCUCCGUCGAGAGCACGCAUCAUUCGACGCAUGCCGACGCCCCCUCCGCCACCGCCGUCGGAACCGCCUCCGCCCGACAAGGACUCAAGGUUCAUCACCUUCAAGAUCGUGAAUAUGUCUCAUCCUCCAGACGUCAUACUUGCUGCAUGGCAGCAGGCUUCUGGUGAUGAAGCCAAGGCAACAAGUCUACUAAACGACCCAGCCUUCAAGCCACCUUCGGCGACCGCGGCACCGGGGCGUGCCGUGAAGACUACCGCCGCUGGCGGACGCGUGAAGGAAAUCGACGAUGCCAACAAGGCCCAACGAGCUGCUGUUCGCGAGAAAGGCAAGAAAUCCGUGAUCUAUCAGCGACCCCACGUAGAGAGCAAGCCUGCCGUAGCGACGCCGCCAGCGUCGACCUCUGCCGCACAUCAAAACUCUCCCCGGACACCGAACAGUCCUCUAGUCGUCCAACCUCGCGCAAAACGACUGAAGAGAAAGGUCGUAGAUUCAGAGUCGGAGGCCGAGUCCGAUAGCGAGCCACCUACUCGUGCGAAACGUGCGAAGGACGAGUCUAGUGCUGAGCUUCGUGUAUUGAAGUACUUCAAUGCAACCUCCGUAGAGGGCCUGCAGGAACUGACAGGCUGCAGUGUCGAACAGGCCAACAAGAUCAUAGAGUCCCGUCCCUUCUCUUCGGUCGAUGACCUGAGAACGAAGUUAGGUCAGGGAAAGAAGAAGGCAGGCCCGGCGGGCAUCAGCCCUCGAAUGAUCGAGGACUGUCAGGCUAUCUUCGAAGGCUAUGGUAGAGUGGACAACAUUCUUCAGGACUGUGAACAGAUUGGUGCCGAGCUCAAGGCAGAGAUUUCGCGUUGGACUGGUGGCAAUUCCGCGAAAGCAGGGCGCGCCGGCGCAUCCUCGUCUCGAGGUUCUUCUAUCAGUGCCGCCGACGGCGAUGGUGGUCUUGCCUUAACAUCGCAGACUCUCGCAGAUCGCAAACCGUCAUACUACCUGAAUUCGCAGCCGUCCUCGAUCUCCAAGGAUGUCCAACUGAAGGAGUACCAACUUAUCGGCGUCAACUGGUUGAACCUUCUAUACCGCAAGAAGUUGAGUUGCAUCCUUGCAGAUGAGAUGGGUCUUGGCAAAACGAUACAGGUCAUCAGUUUCCUGACUCACUUGAAGGAGCAAGGACGCAAGGGCCCUCACCUGAUCGUCGUGCCUUCGUCGACGUUGGAAAAUUGGUGUCGCGAAUUUCAGCGUUUCGCUCCUGAUAUCAGAUUCAAUACGUACUACGGUGCCAAGGAUGAACGUCCAGCAUUGCGUCAGGAGCUCCUCGAUACCAUGGCCAGUAAGGUGGACGAUGGGUGGGAAGUCUUGAUCACAACGUAUAACCUCGCACAAGGGGACGAAAAAGACAAGAAGUUUUCCGUCGCAUCGCAUGGGAUGCAUGCGUCUUCGACGAGGCGCUAUAAGACACUUCUUCGGUAUGAGUCGAGAUGGAGAUUACUGUUGACGGGCACCCCACUUCAGAACAAUCUUCAGGAACUAGUACAAUUCGCUGAUGAUCUCGAUUCCCUCCGCGCGGUCUUCAAGACCAAGGGUGACUCGAAGGACCAAGUCCUCCAGGAAUUGCCGAAGAAGAGUGAGAGGAUCGAGUGGUGCGAAAUGACGCCUAUGCAACGAACCCUCUACAAUGAAGCACUUCGACGAUCAAGAAAGACCGUCUAUGAUCUGCAAGACGUUGUUGAGCCAGAACCAGAACCUGCUGGCCGUGGCAAGGCGAAGAAGACUCGCGCGAACGCCCGCACGAAGGACAAGAUGUACCUCGAGAACAGUUCGAACGUGCUUAUGGACCUACGAAAGGCCGCAUCGCAUCCUAUGCUCUUCCGCCGGCGUUUUACGGACGCGAUGCUCUCAUCCAUCGCCAGACUACUCCUGAAGGAACCGGAUUUCAAGAAACGAGGCGCCGUCUUCCAGAUUGUGAAGGAAGAUAUGGAGGUCAUGACAGACGCUGAGCUGCAAUUGUUCAUGGCGACGCAUAAGUCGACCCAGAGAUACCUCCAGCCGGCUGAUUGUUACCUGCAAGCGGGGAAAGUCAAGGUCCUCCUGAGCCUUCUCAACCAGUAUCGAGCCGAACAGAGACGCAUUCUGAUCUUCUCUCAGUUUACGCAAAUCCUCAAUAUCUUAGAGAAAGUCCUAGAGACCCAAGACAUCAAAUACCUGGUCUUGACCGGCUCCACUCCGGUGGACGUGCGACAGACCCUAGUCGACGAGUUCACAGAGAACGAGUCUAUCACCGUCUUCCUGCUCUCUACCAAAGCUGGCGGUAUGGGCAUCAACUUGACCGCGCUAGCGUUGUCAUCAUUUGUUGAUCCUCCCGACGCAUCCUCUAGGUUCGACCAGGACUUCAACCCGCACAACGAUAGACAGGCGCAGGAUCGCGCUUACCGGAUAGGACAGAAGCGCGACGUGGACGUCGUCAAGCUCAUCACGAAGGGCUCGAUCGAAGAGGAUAUGCUCGCGCUUGGGCAGACGAAGCUUGCCCUUGAUGAGGCCGUCGCUGGAGAGGAGGGCGAAGAGAAGGUCGAGCGAGAGGUGAAGACGUCGCUCAUGAACGUUGUCCGGAGGAAACUAGAGACGCAAGCCGAAGAGCCUGAACAGGAGCCAGUGCCUGAGCCUGAACCUGAGCCUGAGUCAGAGCCGGGUCGCGCGGAGGAGCAGCAGGGCAAGGUGGUUGAGCAGGAAGAGGCCACGGAGGUAGAUGAUCUGGGAAGUCCGCUGAGCGCGAUAGACGAUGACGAUGACGCAUAG